GGCCCAACUCGCGCGGCUCGGCCCACUGCCGGGUCCGGGCCCCCGUAAUAUUCGGCGCCAACCGGGUUGGCCCACGGUUCAUUCUGGCCCAUCAGGCUGAGCUCCUCCUCGAUCCGCUCUGAAUCCAUGUUCAGCCACCCCAGCCCUCUGGGUUCGUGAUAUGGGCCCACUACAUCAAUUCGGCCCCAGGCGGCCCAUGUCCAGUCGGUUGGGCCCCGUUGUCAUACCUGGGCAUCUUGGCCUUGCCCUUGCGAGCCGCCAGCUCUUGGGUCGUCGACGUAGGCAGAAGCCCAGGCCCACGGCCGCGCCCUGGUUGUCCGUGGCCGACCCGUUUAGUCAUGCCGACCUGAACGCCCUCGCCUGUCGGCCCGCCAUCACAGCCGCCUCCUUCAUCACGGCCGCCGCCGUCGGCGGUAGAUCCGCCACCGCCAUCUCGCUUGAUCCGCCCGCCGCGGUCGGGUCGCUCCCUGCCGCCCCGUCGCAUGCCGGCGGCUCACCGGCCGCACUCAGCCCACUCCCCCCUGUACCGCCGCCGCUGCUUUUCUGUGGGGGUUGCUGCACGCCCCGCAGCGCCUCCAAGGUCGCGUGGAUCUCAUCGAACCUGCUCCAAAUCCACCGGGAUUCCUCCUCCCGCUCGCGCUUCUCCACUAGCCUCUCCACGCGUUCCCUUUCGAACGCAGCCACCAGGCGAGCCAGGUUGACUCAGAUCGUCUCCAUCUCCGUCUCAUCUACCAGCUCCCCAUCCCCCGGAUUUGGAACACCCUGCGUGCCAUCACCGGCGACCGGCAGCCCCGUCGUGGCCGCCUGCUCCUGCGCCGCCUUGGCGGCCUUCUCAGUUGCUAGCAUGGACUUCGUCGACACCAUCGCGAUCGUCGUUCUUCGUUUGCUCAGAAACCCAAGAACCCGGCUCUGAUACCAAAUGAUAGAGCUCCGGAUUAAGCUCUAUCGGGAGAUUGGAGAUUAGGGAUCAACUAGGGAUUGAUCCGGGAAUUAGGGAAUUGCGGAAGGAUGAAUUUGGGGGAUUGGGAUUAGAAGAGAGGAGGGAGGAGGGGUGCUGCCGAUCGGCAGCUUGGAGGAAGAGAGGGAAAGGCUCGGCGGCCAGGAGAGAACAAUUAGGAUUUAGGUUUAAUUCUGCUUGCCUUUACCUACGUAAAACAAUAGUUUAAAUACCCAAAACACAAUUACCUACUAACUACCCCAACUUAUUGAGAAAAACAUUUCAAUAUUUUUUGAGAAAAACAUUUCAUACCUCUCGUUAACAACUCCAUACCAUAUGGUAUCUCCUUCGUUUUUUAGUCAUUUUAGAAACUUUUUACACAGAAUGAACGAUUUAAUCAUGA